CGAAAUGGAAAUCGGCACGCAUGUGCAAAUUCACCAUUACAGCUAUCAAGUCUGCUACGUGGAAUCAAACUUUAAAACAGAUUUCUAUUAUCCACCUGCUUUGAUCCGGAGAAUACUCUCGCCAAAAGCAAACCUGAUGCUUGAUGAUCUCUAUAAAUUUGAAGGGUAGAGAUAAAAUGAUAUAGUGAAUUAAAAAGUGUGCCCAAUGCCGUUGGACAAGAAAAGCUUAGGGCAAUGGAUCCUAUUGAUAUCAAACUGUUUGGCUUUGUCCAUUGGCGGAUGCGUGGGCACCUUGUUAAUAAGAUUCUAUUUCUUGCAUGGUGGCAAUCGCAUAUGGCUGUGUGCAUGGCUACAGACUGCAGGGUGUCCUCUUCUGUUUCUGCCCAUCUGGAUUUCUUCCCGCACAGAAAAGCCCUCUGAAAGUACCCAUGUAACUCGCAAUCUUUGCCUUGCAUCGGCUGUAAUCGGUGUCCUCAUGGGCCUUGAUAAUUUCUUAUAUGCAUGGGGGCUUGCCUAUCUGCCUCUCUCCACUUCCUCUCUCGUAAUUGCCCCUCAGCUUGCCUUCAAUGCAUUCUUUGCAUUCUUCUUAGUAAAGCAGAAGUUUACCCCAUAUUCAAUCAAUAGUAUAAUUUUGCUCACCAUGGCAGCAGCUAUGUUGGCCUUUCAUUCCAAUGGUGAUAGGCCCAAGGGAGUAACAAAAGAACAAUAUUGGCUUGGAUUUUUUGCUGCAGCUUUGGCAGCUGCCCUCUAUGGAUUAAUUCUUCCUCUGCUUGAGCUUGUCUAUAAGAAAACCACGGUCCGAAUAACAUAUACUCUUGUUAUGGAGAUGCAGCUUGUAAUGUCCUUUUCGGCAACAGUUUUCUGUACAAUAGGGAUGCUUGUGAACAAGGAUUUCCAGGCUCUUGGGAAGGAGGCAAGUUUAUCCGAUGUGGGUGAAUUCAAAUACUACAUGUCUCUGGUUUGGAACGCAAUCUCGUGGCAGCUCUUCUUGAUUGGGGUUUAUGGUGUCAUAUUUUUGACUUCUUCUCUCUGGAGUGCUGUAUUGAUGUCUUCUUUAACUCCUGUUAUAGAGGUGCUUGCAGUUAUCUUAUUCCAUGAGAAAUUCACUGGGGAGAAAGGCAUGGCUCUCGCUAUGGCUUUGUGGGGAUUUACAUCUUACUUUUAUGGGGAAUACAAGACCUCCAUAGUACAGACAAGCAAUAUGCCGGAGGAGUACAGACAAGGCAGUGAGUCUGUAACCCCUAAAGGGGAAGAGCUGGCUUUGGAGCUGGUUGUUGAGGAACCCAAGUCUGACAAAACCACGUAAUCCACAAUUUGUUUCAGAUAUAUGUGCUAUGUAGUAUUUUGUUUUCCAUCCAGGCAAUAUUUUUGUGCACAAUAGAGCACAACCCAGGUUAUGUACGACCAUAUGGUGUACAAUAUUAUAGCACACUAUCAAGAAGCCUGGUGUGUUUUGCUGCGGCCCCAGCAUAAGUUUUAAGAUACAUACCUGGAAGUUCUACCAAACUGAAAUUUCUAUAAAAUGUCUUCAUUCUGGUUCUAAAAGAACAAAAGAAAAAGCUUGAAGAACAAGUAUAUUGUAUGGUUUUUACAGUUUAGCUGUAAACUCUUCUCAUCUGUGUGGUGAGUUUUACUUCC